AUGCCUGAAGCACCCGAGCCACUAGGAGCAACAGAGCCAGAUUGGGUGCCAGAACCUGAAGCGCCGGAGCCUGAAGCGCUGGAGCCACUUGGAGCAACAGACCCAGAUUGCCCUGAAGCGCCAGAACCACUAGGAGCGACAGACCCAGAGCGAGCGCCAGAUCCAGAGGGGGCGACAGAUCCCGACUGCGCACCGGAGCCAGAAGCGCCGGAGCCACUAGGAGCAACAGAUCCAGGUUGGGUGCCAGAACCUGAAGCGCCUGAACCAGAAGCGCCUGAGCCACUAGCAGCAACAGACCCAGAUUGGGUGCCAGAGCCGGAAGCGCCGGAGCCACUAGGGCCUGAAACGCUCGAGCCACUAGGAGCAACAGAUCCCGACUGCCCACCGGAGCGAGAAGCGCCGGAGCCACUAGGAACGACAGACCCAGAUUGGGUGCCAGAACCAGACGCGCCGGAGCCAGAAGCGCCAGAUCCACUAGGAAUGACAGAUCCCGACUGCCCACCGGAGCCAGAAGCGCCGGAGCCACUAGGAGCGAUAGUCCCUGAGCGAGUGCCAGAUCCAGAGGGGGCGACAGAUCCCGAUUGA